GUAAAAAAGUGUUAAUUGGAAAACACAACAUUUCAAAUCAAUUAAAAUGAAGUUUUUUAUUAGCUAUAAGACUAUGUCCUUACUAGGUUUUUUUUUAAUCAUGGUAACAUUGGUGUCACAAGUUCAAAGCAGUCCUUGCUCAAGCACAUUUUUCUCAUCACUUGUGCAACUCAUUCCUUGUAGGGGAGCAGUUGCUCCUUUUAGUCCAAUUCCACCCAAUGAUUCUUGUUGUAAUGCCCUUAGGGCUUUAGGGCAACCAUGUUUGUGUGUUCUUGUUAAUGGUCCUCCAAUUUCUGGUGUUGAUCGUAACAUGGCUUCUCAACUUCCAGACAAGUGUGCUACAAGCUUUGAUCCUUGUGAAAUCAUGUGAUGAAGUGAAGUUGAAGAGCAUGAAGUUGGAAUGCCAUUAGAAAUAAGCGUUUAUUUUAGGCGUAAUUUAUGUACUGGUUCCAAAAAUAACGUUCCAAUAAUCAUGGGAUUAUGUUUUAAGUC